GCCUGCGGUGCGCGUAGAGCGAAGAAGAAGAGAGAAAAAAAAUCCCGUUUGUGAUGUGAUCAGCCAGUUUUUGGAUUUUAUGUCGGUUUGAAUUCGCCUCUGUUUAUUUUAUCGUGUCAGGAAUAGACGCGGAGAUGUGGAUGAUCUCGGACGCAGUGCGGAAUGUGGAUUUUUGCUGUAGCCGGUGUCUUAGCCGUGUUUUUUACCCCCCAUGUGGCUGUCAUUCAAAUGGAAUCUCCGUUAGCAGUGAGCUAAGCUGCUAGCUAGCACGCCUUUGCUGCGGGCAGGACUCUGCUGCUGUCUUUUAAACAGAAACGUGUGCGAUCUCGUCGCUUUUCAAAUAGUUUUGCAUAAUCCCUGACGCUCAGAGCGGUCUAAGCGGCUGUGCACCGCAGUGUGCGUCAGUCAUGCGGGACAGCGCGAGCCGCGUGUGAGACAAGAGUAGUGGAUCUAUAACCCGGACUAAACCUGCGGGUCAGUAUCCCUCCCAAGGCCUUACAGUCCACUAGCUCACCCGUGGGAUUCCUGCGGCUCAGUCGGCGUUAACCUGCGGUUCAGAUUUCAUCCGGCUGAUUUAUUUGCUCUCUUUUUUUGCGCAUGCUCACACCAGUCCUAAAAUGGAUCUGAAUUUUUACUCUGAUCUGACGGAUGAGACCGGACAGACUGGGGAUCCAGAGUUCCUGGACGCACAAGCCUUUAACGGAUUUGAUCCAGUUCCAAAGUUUCCCGGAGGAAGCGACAACUUUUUGCCCAUCAGUGGAGAGGGCCAUCCUUUCCUGUCCUCCUCCGAGGUACCGCUCCACUCCACAUACUCCCUUCAAAUCCAGGAUGCCGAGACUUUCCACACGCCCAGUUUGGGCGAUGAGGAGUUUGAGAUCCCGCCCAUCUCCCUCGUCCCUGACUCGGCCCUCAGUGUUUCGGAUGUGGUGUCGCACUUCGGAGAGCUGGGCGAUGGUGGUUCAGCCCCUGUCGUCCCUGGCAACGCCGUGGUGCAGGGUGACGACCCUUCCUUUGCCUCUACCUUUGUAAACCCAACGACACAAGGGCUUGAGCAUUUGAGUCUCAUGACCCAGCAGGGAGGCGGACCGAUGUUGGGAUCAACUCUGGGAAUGGAUCUUGGGCAUCCCAUGGGCUCGCAGUUUAGCAGCUCCUCCCCCAUGACCAUAGAUGUGCCUCUCCCGGACAUGAACCACGGCCUGCUGGGGCACAAUCCGCUGACCACCAUUGACCAGUCGGAGCUUAGUGCACAGCUGGGUCUCAGUCUAGGGGGCGGGGCCAUUCUGACACGUGCACACUCACCUGACCAGCCACUGUCAGCCACCGGUUCACCUUCAGAGUCUCUGCAGGAUGACGACAUGGACGACUUCAGGAGAAGUGUGCUGGUGGAGUCCCCUGUCUCUCUUUCCGUCUCUCCCGGCGUCAUCUCUCUCUCCCCUGCUCUGUCGGAGCAGCCUGCCGCAUCGGUGUCCUCCGCUCCGCCCGCCCUCGCCCGGAAAGCUGUAGGUGUUGGAGGAGGAGCCAAAAAAGGCAAGAAGAAAAAAGAUCCCAACGAGCCUCAGAAGCCGGUUUCCGCUUACGCGUUGUUCUUCCGCGAUACGCAGGCAGCCAUCAAGGGCCAGAACCCCAACGCUACGUUUGGAGAGGUGUCUAAGAUCGUUGCCUCCAUGUGGGACAGUCUGGGAGAAGAGCAGAAGCAGGUCUACAAGAGGAAGACUGAAGCUGCUAAGAAGGAGUAUCUUAAAGCACUGGCAGCUUACAGAGCCAGUCAGCUAUCCCAGCCCACUAUUGAGGUGCUGGACACGGCGCCUUCUCCACCUGCCGCUCCUAUUGUGACUCCCGCCCCUGAGGCUCCGCCCCCUCAGCCGACACCCACACGCUCCAGCCGCAUCCCGGUGCACGCACCCGACAACAACACCAUCACCAACAUUUGCACGUCGAACAUCAUCAUCGACUUGCCGCAGGUGACCACGCGCUCUCGCACAGGCGCCCACAAGCCGCCCGCAUCCUCGGCUCCGCCCACCGCACCCACCCCGACACUGCCCAUGGUCACCAAGAUCAUCAUCCCCAAGCUGCCUUCAGCCCGCCAGCCGCCACCCCUGCAGCAGAUGCAGAACACGCCGCCACCCCCACGCCUCCAGCAGAUGGUGCAUUCUGUUGCCCCGCCACCGCUCCAGGCUAAACCUCGCGGAGGGGGUCCCGUCGGCCAGGCCACUGCCACUGUCACUGCCACGCCUCCUCCUCCACUACAGAUCAAGAUCGUCCCUGCCCCGGCACAGGCAGAUGUGGCCACACCCAUUAUUGUGACCAGCACCACAGAGGCACCCACAGACCCCGCUGCCACUGCCAUGGAGGUGGAAGUGGUGCAGCCUGCCACUAUAGUCACCACAGAAGCAGAGGAAGGGAUGGAGGUGGAGCUGAACAGCUCUCCAGCGCAUGAGGUGGCUCCUCCUGCAGGUCCUGUUGUGUGUGUGCGUGCCGGCUGCAACAACCUGCCAGUGGAGAGCAAAGACUGGGACAGAGAAUACUGUAGCAACGAGUGUGUGGCCACACAUUGCAGGGACGUGUUCAUGGCCUGGUGUGCGAUCAGAGGACAGAACUCCACCACAGUCACUUAAAACCCAGUGCACCAAUCGUCGAGUGAGACAGGGAUGAAGGCAGAGAGAAAGAGAGAGAAAGUGGCUUGUAUACAUAGGAAAUCUCCCCAUUGAGGGGAAUAUUUUUGAUUCAGUUAUUAUCUAUGACUACUUACAUCUCAAGCUAAUGUUGAAUGUGAUGGUUUUAAAGGGAUAAGUUGACCAGUCAGCAUCAGUAUGGCUAACUGUGCAUACAAGGUAGUUAUUAGCUGUACUGAUUAGCUACAUAGUUAAUCUAACCAUUUAAGCACAAAAGUGAAGACUGAGAGCGCAUUUCAUUCCUUUGGAAUUUAGUGGAAAACUCAUAUUUAAAAAAAAAAAAAAAAAAAAAAAAAAAAAAAAAAUUCCUUAAAUUGAUCCAUUUUAAGGGGAAAUAAUGGUUUGGAAAUCAAGCAUAAAAUGCCAAAUGGUAUGUAGAAUUUGAAAAAUGUAACCGAAGUAAUUUUGUCAGUUAUUAGUUUGUAUUGCUUCCUAAAUUUGUGUGCCCAACAUGUUUAAAAAAUGAAAAAAAAAAAUUUUUUUUUAAAAAGGCCAAAAAACUGGUCCAUGUGGAGUGGAGGUCAUAUUAAAAAUGUUGAAAAAAAUACGUAACAUAGCUCACCAUAAAGGCACUACAUUUUUGAUUGAUGUAAAAUAUUUUUACAUCAAUAAAAAUAACCAUGAAUUAAAUAUGAUGAAAGCUGGCAUAAAAGGACACUGCCUGAUGAGGUGGUUUUUUUUUUUUUUAAACUUUUCCAAAGUGUCCACUUAUGUCUCCAGUUAUGCAGAAUGAGUGUGUGUUUUGUUUGCGAGUUCAUGGAGGAGGAAAAGGCUCAGAAACAUCAGCUCUGAUGAGUACAGCCAUAAUUUGCUGUACUAUUAUUUCUCACCCGCAUAAAGACAUUUGAAAGAUUUCCAAACUGGGAUCAUGACAUAUACACCCAACACCUCGGAUUGUGGAUCAUUGCUCUAGUGGAAACCUUUUACAUGGGCAAGAUACAAUGUUUUGAACAAUGAGACACGAGUUUUUAAACAUAUGUACAGCUACAUGAACAAGAUCAGUGUUUUAUAUUCCAGGAUGGAGUUUGUUCCUGAUUUUGCAACCAGCAAGAGACAGUGUUGGAGACAAAUUUCAGAAUUUCUACAUUAUAUUCUGUUACAAAACAAUUUCCUUUUUAGUGACAUGCAUCAGUGGAGUAGACAUUUUUUCAUGUUAAAUAAACAUCAAGCACGAGUCACUUGUUUGGUGUGUUGCUUCUCUGUGAAAAUAUCUAAAAGAGAACUGAUGUAUGUACUGUCAUGUCAAUAAAAUCGAUGUAUGUGAUUGA